CACUGAUUAACUAAUAUCUUGUUACGUUUUUGCUUCAAAUGACACCGAUUGCGGGACAUAAGCGCACGUGCAGUUUACCACGCGAGUAUGUCCGACAGCUCUUGAAGGCAGCAUCGUUCCUGCGAGCGGAGGCACUUUUCUCCUCCUAUCAGCGCCAUUGUGUGACAGAGUCUCGGGGAGCGAGGAGGACGGCUUGUCCUUCUGUAGCCGACAGGACUGUUUAAAUACCCUCCAUGUUUCUCUUUCAAACUCCGGCGGACCUGGAUGUGACCGACACAGUGAUGCAGUUCGGGGGUCUGUCUGUAUGGGUCAACUGCAUCAGCUGGCCCUCCCUCAUGAUCCUCUUCCCGGUCAGGGUUGGACGCCGGUCGGACGCUGCCAGGCGUUGCUACCAGCAAUGGAAAUUAAUUCAAAGAUACCGGCGUUUAAAUGUGAUUUAACCAAUCCACCGACAAAAGAGAGCGAGAGAGAAGGAGAGAGAGAUAAAUAGAAAGCACGUGCAUGGGUGAUCAAGAACGAUGGACAGACAAAGAGGGAAAACUGAAACGGAACUUUUAUCUGAUAUAUGUUCGGUAAAGGUGCGAAGCGGAAGCUGGACGAGGAUGAAGAGGGGCUGGAAGGCAAAACGCUGGAGGCGCCGGUGGCGGGAGGGGGAAUAGGCCUCGGUCCGGAGGGCCUGUCCAAGGUGUCGUACACCCUGCAGCGGCAGACCAUCUUUAACAUCUCCCUGAUGAAGCUGUACAGCCAGCGGCCGCUCGGCGAGCCCAGCCUGGAGCGCCGCGUUCUAAUCAACAACAUGCUGCGACGCAUCCAGGACGAACUGAAGCAGGAAGGCUCCCUGCGGCCGCUGCUCUUGCCGCCCUCGCCGCCGCCCGACGACCCCAUGGACGAGGGUUACCGUGAGGCGCCGCCCUCCUUUGGUGUUUUGUCAGUGGCAGCGGCAGCACAGGUAUCCCAGCCUUCUGCGCUGUUGAUGCCGGUGAUCGUUCCACCGCCUUCACCCCACCCAAUGGUGCCUCCCAACUGCCAGGCAUCCCAGGUUUGCUCAAACCGUGUGGAGGCCUGCCCCACCCGUCUGGAAGCCUGCCUCACUCCAGCCUCUUUACUGGAGGAGGAUGGUGGAGAUUCAGCCUUUUGUACUCCAUCCCCACCCACUCCUCCUCUGUCACCUCCACCGGUGCAGCCUCCUCCGUUACCUUCGGCACUUCUGAGCCAGGCGUCCCCCAGGGUCCCUGUGCCCGCCUUGUCCAAUGACAGUUUCCCCUCCGCUCUGAGUGACAUGGAGUUGUGUCCUUCCACAGCCAUAACAAGGACAGCAGCAGCUAAUACUACGACCAUGACUACCUCCCCAGCUCCCACCCCACUCACCCAGCCCUCCCACUUAGCAGCCCCCUCCCCAGCACCCAGAGACUGCAGGACCAUGGGUGCUAAACCAGAGGCAGCUGGCGUCUUGCUAGCCGAAGCCUGCUGUGCCGAUCUCCGGCCGAUGGACACUUUGCCCACACUGCCCCCUGUUGGCCUAGUAGACAUUUCUUCCUCUUCCUCCUCUUCCUCUCCCUCUGGGUUUCUCUCAGACUUGGCACUGGACGACGUCCUGUUCGCCGACAUCGACACGUCCAUGUAUGACUUUGAUCCCUGUACCACAGCGGGGACUGUGGGCGUGGCGGCAGGUGGUGGACUCACCAAACUUUCACCGGUGGUGACGGCGGACGACCUUCUCAAAUCGCUGGCGUUGCCAUACAGCGGCCCUGCCCCCCAGGUUUCAGCCAAUCAGCCUUUCAAAAUAGAUCUGACAGAACUGGACCACAUCAUGGAGGUGUUGGUGGGCUCGUGACUCACUGACACCACCACCUCAGAAACACACAGACAGUUUCAUAUGGAGAACAGACUGGAAUGAACUUUUGGGAUCGAUUUGGUUAUUUUCCUGGUUGUUGUUUUUACAUUUAAAAAAAAAAAAAAAAAAACUCUCUUCAAAGGUCGGUAAUUGUAAACGUUGAUAGUGAUGUCAAUUAGUACUACUAUGACAACUACUACUACACAACACUGUGCAUGCACUGUGCUCGCCUUUCCAAAUAUGGAAAUGAAGUAACCGGGAAACAAAGACACACAUACAUUUGUAUUUCUAUACUUGUGAGGACCUCCAUUGAUUCCAUUCAUUCCCUAAUCCUAAUUUAAACCUAAUCCUAGUUUUACUCUUUAACCUGAACCUAAGCCUUAAUCCUAAAAAAGUAACUGUAAAUAGAAAAAAUGAGGACCGGCAAAUUGUCCUCAUUCUGGAGGAUUUUUGCAAUCAUUCUAUCCUUGUGAGGACAUUUACUCCUCACAGGUAUAGUUAUACAAGUGAACACACAUAGACAUCAUGACACAGACACACACACACACACACACACACACACACACACACACACUGAAUUCAUGGCUUUUAGCAGAUGAGUGCCUUUCAAAAUGACCACUUCAAUUCCUGUUUUUACAGUAUUUGUCUUUUUUUCUAGUUCUUUUAACUUUAACAGCCUAGAGAGGUCAAUCCUCAAUGUUUUUUUUUUUUUUAAUUUAUUAUAUUGUGUUAAAACUAUUAUUAAGUAAGGUAAUUUGUUAUGAUCAAAUAAUAAUUAUUUAAUCUUUAUCUUAUUACAUAUGCUAUGUUUUAUUUGUAAAGCAAGCAUAAAAAGGUUUUACAAGGAAUACAUUGUUUUGUCAGUGUGCUACAUUAUAUAUUAGCCUGUCAAUAUAAUCACGCUUUGGGAGUAGCUCUAAAACACAUCGCCUGGUUGUUUGUUAAACUUGUUUUGGUAGAAGGAAAUGUCUGUUCUUAUACACAUCAUGUCUGUGAAUUCAGUUCAGGACUUAUUUUUUUUCUUUCUCUUCCUUAUUGGCAGGCAGGCAUAUAUAACUGUGCUGGAUGCUUUUUUACAUGAGCUCAAACUAUGGUCUGGUUAUCACGCUUCACUUACAUCAUUCAAAUGAGCUACACCCACAGGAAAGCUUGAUGUGUUUACAUUGGAAGCGCCAGCUGCGCCACCACCAACUCUUGCCUCCCAGUUGAAUGUGGAUGAUCUGAAAAGUCCAACCUGAGUAGAGACUUUAGGCUCUAAACACAUUUUUGUGGCUGUGGACUCAAGACAAAACAACUAUCACAGAUUGCAUAGAGCUUCUCAGAAUCACACCAAGAAAAUUGAAUAUUUUAAUAGAAAUGCCUCUUUUUUGGUUUGGCUCCUACAUAAUUAGCACCAUAAGUGACGGACAGAUUACAGCACCGCAUAUAGUAUUACACACACACAUACACACAAUUUGCAGAGUAUAUUUACUUGUGAUUAGAAUAGGAGGCCUAUAUGCCAAAUCCCAGGGUUCUGCUCUCUUCUGUGCAUUGUGUUGUACAGUUUUGAUGUUGACCCCAAGGUAUGUUUUAAACAUAUGAUAGCAGGAGGGCUAAAUCUGGCUUGUGAGGAAUUUGAAUGUGGAUUUCCAAUGAAGUAGGAAACCCAAACCACAAUGUUAACCUGAUACCUGAUACGAUCCAAAAUACUAAUUGUUUCAUAAAUCCUACCCCCCUGCACAGCACAAGCCACUAUGCAUGAUCUUUGAUUUGACCCAAAAAGACUAUAUGUGAUGGCUAAGUGUAGCUUCUAAGAUGAGGGUCGCAUGAGGAUUCCUAAAGUCCACCUGCUUUUUUCCCCCAGCAGACCAAACACACACACACACGCGCGCGCACACACACACACACACACACACACCACACACACACACACACAGAGUUUUAGCAGCCAUGCUAUGUCCAUAUUCAAGCCUUUUAUAUGAUAUCUAUUGAAGCUAGAAAUAGUCCUGUUUACACAAAUUUUGAUUACCUUUAAUAAUUAAAUUGAUGUUAUUUUAACUAACUAGUCACAAAUUUAGCUAUUAACUGGUUUUCCACAUGAAAAGUGACAACACUAUAUGGAAGAGAUCUUUGGAGUAGAGGCAACAGGCUGAAAACAGCUGUGUCACAGUCUCCUAAAUCUACCUUCUCAGACUGCUGACCUUCAUUUAGAAACCACACAACAAGCUUUUGCAAGGUCAGUGUCACAUAAUUUGCACAAAGCCCAUUCUGAAUGAGACCAACAUGUUGGCACCAGGAUAGUUGUAUUUUUGAUAGGUAGAUAAGGCCAGUAGUAGACACAGACAUUAGCAAAUCACAGACCUACCAUCUUUCCUUGUAAUGUAAAAGUCAUACUGGCUACAGGACUACGGGAUAGAAUAACUUCCAAGGUGCAGAUACAUUACGUGUUUUUAAGGGUCGAUGGAACAAAACAAAAAGUUGUAAAAUGCCUUUUCUUGCGGACAUAUUCAGAAAGACAGAAGCAGUGAGUCAGUAAAAGUCAGACUAACUCACCUUGCCUCUUAUAGCCAGACAAUGCAAUGAAAGUUGAACUAAUCGGCUCAAAUAUUAAAAAGAAAAAUCCACCCUGGGAUACUUUUAUACAUCACCAGUCAUAAGUUCAAUGCAUUUACAGACUUGCUGUGUGAAGUGUUGUAAUUGUCUUGAGGGUACUCUGGGUGAGACUGGAUUCUGCCUUCUCCUGAUUUUUAAAGGGGCUGUACUCGAUAUUCAGAAGAAAAAAAAAGUGGUCUGGGAUUGGCUCCACACGGCUCUCACAAACCCUUUCCCAACUUGUCAAAUAACUCUGCCCAGGGAGCCAUUACUGCACUAUAUCUUUACGUAGCAAAUAGUUGUUUGAUGCUAUAAUAAUGUUCGGAAUAUCAAGUAAAGCCCCUUUAAGUAUCAGAAUUCAAAAUGAGGGCUUUUUUAAAAGCCUUCAGUUUAAUGUUUAAAGCUGUAUUCAUAGGGUUUUUUUUGCCACUUGUUGACAAAAGAAC